AUGGGGAUCGUCGGGCUUUUUGUGGUCAAGGGAAACGUUCUCGACCUACCCAACAGCGGGCGAUACAAGCAGCCCAUCCUAGUGGCCAUCGGCGGGACCGCCUUCUUCAUCUUCAUCUUCGUCAUGGUGCUGGGCAGGACUCACGAGCUCGGGCUGGCUUUGGUGGGAGGAGCUGUGUUCCUCUUUGCAGCGCCCCUCGUGUUUUUCACUCAGCAAGUCACCACUGACUUGUCGUAUCCUCACGCCGAGCACGUUUCGUCAGUGGUGGUAACGGCUAUCAUGGAGCUCAUCGUUUCUCUCUGCCCGCUCAUCUCUGUAGCCCUGACGCAUCCUUUCGUGGCCGAGUACGACUCCGAAGACUCGAGCCCUACGGGCUGGAUCUUGUCCUACGGCUCUGCCUUCUGGAUGCUUCUCUUUGGAGCCUCCUUCCUGAUGAUAGUCACGUUGUACAAGGACGACGAGAGGAAAAUUUUCAUCGAUUCUCACCCUCAAGUGAUAGCAAGUCUGACGGAGAAAGUGGCGUCGGACUUGUCGCAAGCAAGAGCCUUCAGCGAGAUGGUGAUCCCGAUGCCGGAGAAGUUUGCAAGAGAGGAGGAAAGGAUGUUCGAGCCCGAGCGACGGGACCCUCGUGACCUGCGAUGGUCUCAACAAGGUGUAUGAGAGUGCGAUGGUUGUGUAUGGCGUCUUCCUUUAUUGUUUCUUGCUCAACGU